GACUCGAAUUUCACCUGAUAUAACCUCGCCGAAACUUUUAACGGCGUCAACGUUGUCACAAGCUUGAACCAAAUUCGAGCCACCUGGCUGUUCGAUAAAUACCACAACUAGAGCGAUCAUGUAGCUAUUUUCGCCUGGACCAUUUGCCAGGCGCCGCAUUGAAGCUGUAACAAGCACAACGACACGUCAGGGAUGUUGGACUAUUGUUUAUUUACUCGGGCUUUAAACCGUGCUUUAACCUUUUCAAAAUAUCAACUCACGUAAGCGCCUAAAAGGUAUCAUUUUAAGGUUGCUUUAAUACGCUAUAUAGGAAAUUGUCUGGCGGAAGCCGAUACUUACGGGCAUCUCACUGUCAUGCGCAAUGAUACUAACUCAGGUCGGAAUAUUUCUCAAUUCAAUUGAAAUGAUGGAAGGAGUCAGGUGCGGACGACGGAAACAGAAAAAUCCGCGACGCAAAAACGUGGAGAAUGGGGAGGAGGGGGAAGAUGCAGAUGAUGCAGCCCUUGACGACAACAAAAACAAGAUAAUUUUACCUGGCAACGCUUGCCAUGAUGAUGGGACUGAGGACCAUGACAACAGUGUCGAGGAGAAAAAAACAACACCAAUGACUGCUGAAACAGAAAAGAAAAUCAUUUUCGAGACUCCAGAGGAAAAAGUUGCUGCAAUUUUGAGAGAGAUCAAGUCUGCAACCCCUGACUCCACAAGUCGCGAGGUUAUCUCCCAUGGGAGCUCUUCAUCGCGCAUCAAACACAGCGAGGAUGCCCGUAUUGCUGAGCUUCUCAACCGUGGUGACACUGCAGUUAUUUACCCUGAACCAGUGAGCGACUCCGAGGAUAACGCCAAUAAUGAAGAAGGAUGCAGUGAGGAGGAGGAGAUAGUUCUCAAGUGCAUGCACUGCCCCCAGACCUUUCAGCGGGCCAUUGUCCUGCGGGACCACAUGCGCGAGGCCCAUGCGGACAAACCCCUCAAGUUCAUGUGCCCGAAGUGCGAUGAGACAUUCCACCAGAAGUCCCAGCUCGACAAGCACCUGACCCUGCACUCGCCAACAUCUCAGGUGUGCAGCGUGUGUAACAAGACGUUUGCAAAUGUGUAUCGUCUCCAACGUCACAUGAUCAGUCAUAACGAGAGCACUGACCUUCGAAAGUUCAAGUGCCCCGAGUGUGGGAAAGCCUUCAAGUUCAAACAUCAUCUCAAGGAGCAUGUCCGUAUCCACUCUGGUGAGAAGCCCUUUGUGUGCAACAACUGUGGCAAGCGAUUCUCUCACUCUGGGUCAUUCUCCAGCCACACAACGUCCAAGAAGUGCUGGGGAUUGUCAGCAAGUCGUUCCAGAGAUUGUCACCAAGGUAACCAGCCUGGUAACCAUGGAAACCACAGUAACCAUGGCAACACCAGUCAGGGAUUGCAGGAAAACAGUCCAAAGAAUGUACCUACCAAUGUCAUGUCCCAGUUUCCAAGGCCACCAUUGUCAUCGGUAACGGUCUCUAUUGCACAUCAGCCGCCAUUCAUGCCUCACGCCUACGCUCAGCAGAAAGGGGUUCAAUCCUUCUUUUACCCGCCGCACAUGUUUGCCUCGCCAGACGGAUUCCUUCAUCCGAUGUACACGCCACCCCCACUUUUGGCUCACAUUUCCAUGGCAUCCAUAAUGGCGGGAAUGAAGUCAAGCGAUAUAACUAAUACAGAUUCCAGCAUAGCCUCUCCCCACCCAUCCCACUCUGGUAGCGUGUCAUCUGCUGUCAGCCGGUCUACCCGAAGUGUCUCGCCGCACAGUCAGUCCACUCGAAGCUUCUCCCCGCAGAGUCAUUCCGGCCGAUCUGUGUCACCGGCAAGCGUGUUCAGUUCCCGUCCACAAACACCAUCCAGGCGGAGCCUCACACCUGGUUCUCAUGGUAACCAAAUGAAACGGGAGAAUCAGACACCAAGCCAGGAACCUGCAACUUGUAGUGGCCGGUCACCCAAAGAACAGAUCACUCCCGAUGUAAAUUCCAACACAAAACAGCUGACUUCUGUCCAAGAAAGCGAUAUCCAGUCUGCUGGGAAAGAACCCUUAAAGUCUGUGCAAAAGCUAGAUGGGACAGAGUGCAGCGAAGUUGACACCACAACAAAAUCAGAUCCAGAUGAAUCCUUUGAGAAAAAUUUCAAGCAAAAGCAGUUGUCCUGCCAGUUCUGCCACGAGAGCUUUGACAGUCCCAUCAGCCUUCAUCAGCAUGAACGAUACCUGUGCAAGCAGAACAAGGAGGUCACCAUUCAUCACCGUGGCAACAUUGAGUCAUGCCAGUCACCCCACAGCACCGUGUCGGACGUGAGUCAUGUGGAGUCAACGACCAAUUGCAACACAGAGAAUGCAUCGGAUGAAGAAGAGGUGGAGGAAAUCUACAAGGAUUCAGAUUGCUCUAUUGACGAGAGGAACAUGAGAAUUCGUACUCAGUUCACGGAGGAACAGCAGAGUUACCUGAAAUCGCAAUACGUCCUAAAUCCAAGACCACGAAAGUUCGAGCUCAUUCGCAUGGGAAACAAGAUCGGCUUUCCGAAGAGAGUCGUGCAGGUGUGGUUUCAGAACAUGAGAGCGAGGGAAAGGAAAUAUGGCCGUGAACCAGCAUUAGGGAAUAGCGCUCAUGAGAGAGACAUCUCAAAGUCACCGACGUACAUUCCAAACGUACCAAAGCUGUUCACGAACCAGUUAAAAGCAUCUUCCUCCAUGGUAGACCACUUGCCAGCGCAUGUUGCCCACAGACUUGGGGAAACUGCAGCACCACUGGAUCUGAGUGUUGGUAGAUCACCACCGCAAGCCCAUGGCGGAAGCACUUCACGACAGACAACACCCGAGAGUUUAGAAGAUCAGGUCUUGAACCUAAGCAUGAAGAGGGAACAAUCAGAGGAAAAGACUGUGACUGAUAAGCCCAUUUCCACUGAAAAGCUGAUCACCACAGUUAGCAAGACAUUUGAGGACUCCCCAAUCUUCAAGUACAUGCAGCAGGAAGGCAUGUUCCCGACAUGCGCCCUGCCCUCUGGACUGGCCUUGACCUUGCAGUCUCACUACCAGCACAGUGCUGCAGUCCUAAAGCAGCCGUCGUACAGACCCAGUGUGACUUACUCCGAGGCAAUGCCCUCCACCACUACAUGUAGUGCCAUCAGUGCACUAUUUAACCAAAACCAGUCCAAUAAUGGGAAUAUUUUGAGUGAAAGUUAUAUGAGUGAAACUAACUACCCCCGUAGCAUUUUGUCCCACCAUGGUUCAAUCGAGGGAAACACUUCAAGCAAAAGUCAUCAAAGUAAAACUGACUUCUCCCAAAACAUUUUAUCAUCCCACCAGGGUUCAAACGGAGACGAUUGCUCGGGGGAUAGUUUCGAUCACGAUGAGCUUACCCAUAAUAUCGCCACUCACAACCUUGCAACGCUUGCGGAGGCAGCACAGCAAGCCGCCAACAUGUCCAGCAAACCAAAGCGACUGCGCAAGAAGACGUGGAGACAGGUAGAAUGCUAUAUGGAGGCCGAAGAGGUUAACCUUGACCUUGAAGACUCCCAGUCAACGGACGAUGACCAGCCUUCGAAGAAGAAGCGCAAGUCGUGGAAGGGUCAUCGCGUGGACAGGGAUGAAGGCAUGUAUGCAUGCGACCAGUGCAAUAAGCUCUUCAGUAAGCAGUCCUCCCUCGCCCGACACAAGUAUGAGCACUCAGGUGCCCGGCCAUUUGCCUGUGACCUGUGCACAAAGUCGUUCAAGCACAAACACCACCUGACCGAGCACAAGCGUCUGCACAGUGGGGAGAAACCGUUCCAGUGCAAGAAAUGUGGAAAACGGUUCUCGCACUCAGGCUCGUUCUCCCAACACAUGAACCACCGCUACAACUACUGCUUCCCUGCAAUGGCUGCCGACUCGAACAACGAGACUUCGUCCCAGCAUGACACCGACCUGGACCUUGAUAAUGACACGAGUUCCCAUGAUUCUCCGUGAUCAUGGUGUGCCGGUCCCUUAGCUUCAGUUUUUCAAGCUUUUUUUUUAAGGAUGGAAUCAACAUUGCAUAAUGUUUCUCUUCACUAAGACAUGUUAAGAAGUAGGCAUCCAGCUGAAACUGCCAAGUGACACGUUUUUUAAUGUGCUUAAGAUUUUCUUGCAUUUUUUCUGUAUGUCUGGGGAUUUCAAUAGAAGCACAGCCUGCUUUUUUUUAUGGCAACAUUUUUACGUUUUUUCACUUUUGACUCUUACACAUUAAAUGCUUUUUAAUGCAAAUAUUAACAUGAGGCCAACUCCAAACUAUAUGUUAUAUCAAAUAAAUUGUUAUUGUAGCUUAGUUGUUCCCUUAUGGUUAUGCAAAAAACACUUUCACAACUAUUUAGCAAAUAUUCAGGAACAGAAUUAAUCUUAACUUAAGUAUUUUAAAAAGGCAUGUGACCCCUGGAUAUUUUAAGCAUGGGUUCAUUUGACUCCUGGUUUUCAAUUGAAAUCCCUGAUUGCAUUAACGAUGCAUAAUGUUUCUCUUCAAUAAGAUAUGUUAAGAAGUAGUCAUUGGGCUGAAAAAGUAAAUUAAACAUGUUUUAUUUGGUGAAACAUUGCCAAAUAAUAGUUGGUGUUAGCUUUGCUGUAAUGCAAAACAUGACAAUAGUGGCCUGUAUGAAAAUAUAAAAGAAAAAGCUGGUAAAACUUGCAUGCAUUAUUGAUAAAUGGAUCUGAUAGAUAUUUUUACAACUAGUCAAUAAUGUUCAAAUGUACGCUAUGAAAAUGUAGUGCUAUGAACAUGUGCUGAUAAAAGUCGUAUUAAUUGAUGUGCUGUAAAAUAUUAAUAUAUACUUUGCGCCCUGACAAUAUAGUGCUUGUUUGGAGUAACAGUGGUAAUAAAGUAGUUUUAGUAAAAUAAUUAAUGUUUAUAUUGAUUGUUUGAGUCCUAUUAUAACAUGAUAAAAAAAUCAAGUUUGAAUUGCAUAACAUUCCCACUAAAUGAAAUUCCCUUUUUGAAUUUGUUAAUGUUUGACUCAAUCAAGUCAUCUUUAGCAUUUGUUGUUGAUAUUGUUCCUGUCUCUCUUAUUCUGACAAAGAUUAUCCUUGUUGUGUAUGUAUACCCUUUUUAAAAUGGGACCAUUACUGUUACAUUGUAUGUGAACAUUCUCUGUAAAUACUUCAUGUUCCUUAAAACUGUUUUAUGAUCAUUACAUGAUUUAUAUAUAUUCGUCACAUUUGUAACAACAAAAGAGAUCGAUAGUUUUAAUUCGAAAAAUGUAAUAUAGUUGCCAUUUAAACAUUUAAAUGUUUUUUUUGUAUGCUAACAAGGAAUUACUACUGAUUACAAGUUUGAAAUUAUAGUUUGUGAAAGCCUGAUAUUUAAUACUCAAUGAUCUUACUUGGUAGCGCUUGGACCAAAUGAGGGUGCUAAUGUAGUGCUGAAUUUACCCAGACGCUGCUAAUUAUAGAUUCAUGUAGAAUAGACUUCAUUUAGAACUAGAAAUUUGCUAAUCAUUUCACCUUCUGUUAAUUUGAUAGGUCAGUUUUGCAAAAACCCAAAUGAAUACACUUUAAAUAAUGUUCUCCUUUGUUCGGUACAAUGGAUAUUAUAGUUAUUAGACAAUUAGAUAUCACAUUUCUGUUAUAGUUUUAAGUCAAAGUGCAAUUUCUUUUUUAAUGUUCUAGUCUGUCAAGCUGCAAUACAUAUUCAACAUUUUAGAUUGAUCUAGUCUUACUUUUUUGCUAUAUUUGUAUCUGGUCAUUAAUUUACAAGAUUUGUUUUAUGUUUUCUCGAAAACAAAAGUUUGGCAUGUUUGCUACAUUUGAACAAUAUCAAAUUUUGAGUCAUCCAAAUAAUUUUAUUUUCUUAUAUUUUGUGCAAUAAAAGCCUUGUAAAAGGUUUGAAUUAUUUUUUCAUUGUGUCAGAAUUAUCAAAGUAUGUGUAUUUACUUUUAGUAACUAGUCAAGUCGAAAACAAAAAAAUACAGGUGUAAGUUUUGUAUAUGUUAGAUGUUUGUAGUUUAUUCGCUCACAGUAGAAUAAAAGAUUGACACAACUCGUGCAGAUUUUGCACGCAGUGUGUGGACAACAGAUUCAGCGUUCUUCCAUGUGUACAGAGCUUCCUUAGGUGUUGUAACCGUACAUGAGAAUUGAUAGUGCAUUUAUUUGAUUUUUCAGAUGUUGCCAUUUCUUGUGUAAUUAUUUUAGGACUUGAAACCCGCUAUUGUGCCAAUAUUAUGUUACUUCCUGGUCUUCAACUAUUUUGUUACUAGAAAUGUUGCUGAGAUUUAGUUUUUGUCUUCCACCAAUGUUGUGUCUGGAAUGUGCCAAAAUGAUCCAUAUGCAAUUUUUUGCACACAAAAAAACAUGUAUAGCAUCAGGGGCUCUAUUAAAGAUAUUAAUUGUUUAAAUCUCUUAAUAUCAAAAUAUUAUUAAUUUUGAAAUCCACUUUUGCGAUUGUGCCAAUUUUCAUGUCAGUAUUCUCAUAAUUCUUACAAUGAUGGGCAAUAUAUUGGUGAUGAUGUAAAAUUAUUUUAUGAUUUGUUGUGUCUCGUUUUUGUUAAUGUAUGUUUGUUUCUAUCGUGUUUUAUGUCUAUGUCUGUAGUAAAUAGUAUAUUAUUUUGUGCUACUGAGCAAAAGAAAUCAAAAUGCUUGCCAAGAUUAUCUAUGUAAUAUUGUAUGAACAUUACUGUAAAUUUUAAAGAAGACCUUCAUGUUUAUUAGAUAGAAGAUAAAAACUUUUACUUGCAUUAUAUUGAUGAGCAAGAAAGAUUGUUCUUUGAAACAAAUAUAAAUAUGUGGGUUGCUAAUAGAAUUUGAUUACAAGUUUUCAUACCCCUAAAUACUCAGUGUUUUUAUCUGCUUGUUAAGAGUGAAUGGACAUGUAUUUAAUUUUUGCUGUAAAUAAUGUAGAGUAACAUGAUGAUACAUGAUGUAGAUUGAAUACUUUUAUUAUUAAUGUCCGUUCUUUAUAAUAUCUUAAGUAGCGAACAAUGUGUUGGUGUUUUAUUGUGCUUAGUAGCGACACAAAUGUUAGAUAAUGUUUAAAUCACUCACUUUAUUUUGUUUAAUGUUGAAAUUUCAACUAAUUCAGUUGUGUGCUCUUACCAGGUUUAAUUGUUCCGAAAGAUACAGUGUAUGCAGUUGAAAUUUCAACAUAUUUCUUUAAAUUUCUUAUGAUAGGAGUGUACGAGAAAUCUCCACGGAUUAUUCCAUCUGUGCCAAAGUACUUCUCAGUAUUCUACUCAUACCAUUUGGUGAAUUCUGAAUGUGCCAAACAUGUAUAUUGCAGUUUAUUUCUUGUGUUUGUUUGUAUUUUGUAACAUUAUUGUUCAUGUUUGUGAUUGGUCAUACAUGUUUUUGCUUCCAUGUGUUUGAGCCUCGUUCAGGGAUGACCUGGCUUAAUGCAUGUUCAUAAAAUGGUUUUUAUGGUAAAGAGACUUUCUUUAACCUUUUCCCACUCAGAAGAAAAGUGAAUACGCCUAUUGGCAAACAGCCUAACACUAGAACAGCCUGCGAGUAACUCGCAGUCUGUUCAGGUUUUAUGCCGUUUGCUGCUCACCAGUAUCUAGGGGUUGGAAAUGAAGCCUUUAAAACUUAAAUCUAGUAAGAAAAGCCUUUGAUUAAUUUUAACUUUCUAAGGGAUUACAAAUGUAUCAAAAUAUGUAUCUAAGUGGUAAAGGGUUAAUACAAAAAAUGCCAUUCAAGCUGAAAGUCGCAUCCCAGAUUAGCCUGUGCAGACUGCCUUGUUUUGCCAGGGCGAGGCACAUUUGUAUGGUAUGUUUGUCAAGUGUCUAUUAUUUUGUGUUAUGUCCAUGGAUUCUAAGCAAUCCAGCAGCACCUGUUUGUAUGCCAAAUUAUUAUUUCAUGAAUUGAAAUAAAGCUUAGUUUCGUCUUUUCAUUUUUAAACAAAAAAAGAUGAAUAAAAUAAUCAAUUAGUUUAGUGAAUGUAACAUUAUUAUUUCAUGUAUUGUUUUUUGAGAACACUAGUUAAAUUUAUAUGUGAAGAUAUAAAAAAAAUUGUCAUUUUGUCAGUAUAUUGCCCAUUAUUGCUUUUGUUUUGUUAUGUGUAGUCAUGUAUUUAUUUUAGUCUAUAGAUUUACUAACUUCUUUGUUCUGUCUCAAUUAUAAUGCAAAAGAAAUAUGUUUUAUCUGUUAUUUAUUUAUAUACUUCAACUGACUUUAUCAUUUUAUUUUGUUAAUUUUACAGGAAAUAUUAUGAUAUUUAAUUAACCAGCUCUAUUUAAUAUACUUGGUGAUUUUUUACAUGUAUUAAAAUUCUAUAUGCAGCCAAUUGUAAUAAGCUAGCUUCAUUUUCUCAGCAAAUUUAGUUAUUUACUUAUUCUUUUAAAUAUUAAAACUAUUGUAAAAGAAAACUAUUUCUGAUUUUUAAUUUCACAAUUUAGGAUUGUGUUACCCGAAAACUGUUUGUUUUCAUUAUCGUAGAUUUAUAUGAAAUGUUUUUACAACCAGAGAAACAUCUUCAGUUUUCAUCCAAUUUUUAUUUUAGAACGUUUAUAUUUUACUUGUUUAACUUAUGUAAUUAUAUACUUAUAUUUAGCCAACCUUUGUUUCACCCAAUGUUUAUAAUAAUACUUAUUUUACUAUUGUUCCUUCAUUUUUAUAGGAAUUUUUUUAUAUUUUAGUUUAAAUUUGUUUGUGCACAUCGCAAUAUUACUUUAAAAAUAAUGGGUCUUUUUCUAUGGGCGUUUUUUAUUAAUUAUACAAAGAGGUAGUUAGAAUUUGAAGGCAUCAAACAGCGACUGUAAAACAUUUAUAUCAAUACUUAAUGAUGUUUUAUGUAACAUGUGCUCUCUGAAUUUGCUAACUAGCCUACUAGUAUCUUAUAAAAAGAAUAUUUGAUUGUGUUGGUAUUAUGGUGUAAAUUUUUAUUCACUAUCUGUAUAUAUUGAGCAACAUUCAUGACAGUUGAGGAAUUAUUCUCAUUCAUUCAAUCUUGGACCAAAUUGUUACCAUACAUUUCCAAAGCAAUACCUAUAGGGUGUUAUGUAUGUAUAUAUAGAAGAGUUGAACAAAUAUUUUCAAGAGACUAAUAGCAUAGCUUUUUAAGCGUUUUUGAUCGUAUUCAUAUGUAUAAAGUUUAGAAAUAUUAAUCGCUUUGUAUGGAAAAUGUAUAUCAGUGAGUUGUGCUUAUAGCCCAAUGUUGUAUGGUCAUUGUUAGAGAAUUUUGUACUUUCACUAUAUUCUGUAUCAAAAUCAAAAACAAAAUUGUGAUCAAUAUAUUCUGUAUAAUAUUCCAGAAAAAACUCGUACAUUUCUAAAGCAAGCAAGACAAUAAUUUGUUUUCUUGAUCAAACGCGAAACUUGUGCAUCUGUAUUUUUUGUUCAACAAAUGAAAGUAAGAAAAUUAUGUUUGAAAAAUUUACAAUUUGCAAAAAUACAACAGUUGAUAUCUGUAUAUAUUGAUUUUAUAUGAAUGUUAAUGUUGCUAUAGGCAAACUAUUUUUUAUCUACAUCUAUUUGUCAGCUCAUGCCUAAGGGAUCUUGCCAAGAAGGAUUGCUUCAGUGGAUGAUUGCUUCAAUUGAUGAUUUAUAUAAUAUGAUUGCUUCAGUGGGUUAUUGGUUUCGUGUGAUUGUUGCAUUUGUUAUAUAAUGUGAUUGCUUCAUUGGGUGAUUGAUUUCGUGUUUCAUCGGUUAUAUAAUAUGAUUGCUUCAGUGGGUGAUUGGUUUCAUGUGAUUGUUGCAUCGGAUGAUUUAUUUUGUAAGAUUCCUUCAGUGGGUGAUCGGUUUUGUAUGCUUGUAGAUUAUUAGUAAUGAAAAUACAAAUACAACUGUCCAUUGUGCUCAAUCAUAUUAUGAUGCCUGAUAAUUUAGCUCUUUCUCACUUGAUAUCGUUAUGUUGGAUUCAUACCCAUACAUAAUGUGUCACUUACCAUCCAUUAUUUGAUUAGUGUAUGACUGAUAUUAUUUAUACUUGUCAAAUGUUAUUCCAUUUUUUUUGUAAUAUGUUCGUUUCUGAAGACUUUUUUCAAAUUAAUUAAUUGUUUCAAUACUUAAAAAAAAUUGAUACGGUGAAAUCUAAUUGUUUCAAUAUUAAAAUGUUUGAUAUGUGAAUAAUUAUUGCAGUACACUUUUAUAUAUACAUAUUAUAAAAACAAAUAGUUAGGUUUUUCCUUUUGUUGUAUCGAGUGCAUGUGAGGACGAGUGUCGUUUUUAAUCACGUGACCAGUAUUAGUAGACGACAAUAAUGGGGCUUUGGAGUGCCUCGGACAUCAACAUAAAGUAUUAACAUGUAACAUAGCUGUAUCGUGCCAAAUGGUGUUGUGUCAUGUCGCUUGAUGGUGUACAAAUAUAAUGCUUGUCAGAAUAUUGUGUUUCAUCUGAUAAAGACGGGGUUGGAGGAUUCGAAUCUUCAUUAAAGACCUUCUAAUUGUCUUUUUAUUUUUCCAACCAAUUAAACUGUUCAUACUUAGUUCACUGACUUGAAAAUGAAAAAUGUUCUGUAAAUUUUAAAUGUUAUUAAAAUUAAACUGUUUGAAUGUUUUAACUCCAGUUUCAUUAUUUUCUUAGUACGUGUAGGCUAUCUAUUUGCAAUACAAUGUUUUAACGAUUGGUAAAUGUUCUAUGCAAUGCGUUGUAAGCCUGUGUGUAGCUAUUUAGAAUGAAUGGACCAGUAAAAGUGGCCUAAAUGUACCAAUAUACAAUAUUUGUAUCAUCUUUUGUGCAAGACUUUGUGACAAAACAUUUCAGUGAGAAGAUAAAUAAAUAACUUGUACUGAA